UGCAUAAACCCAGGUCACGGUUCCUAUUGGCUGAGUCCGCUGAGGGUGACGUCAUUGGGACGUACUAAGACUAGGGUUGGGCCGAGAGUCGGAGCCAUUACUGCAGGAAAAGGUCCCGCAGAGCUGAGCAGUCAAGAUGUGUGACUUCACCGAAGACCAGACCGCAGAGUUCAAGGAGGCCUUCCAGCUGUUUGACCGAACAGGUGAUGGCAAGAUCUUGUACAGCCAGUGUGGGGACGUGAUGAGGGCCCUGGGCCAGAACCCUACCAACGCCGAGGUGCUCAAGGUCCUGGGGAACCCCAAGAGUGAUGAGAUGAAUGUGAAGGUGCUGGACUUUGAGCACUUUCUGCCCAUGCUGCAGACAGUGGCCAAGAACAAGGACCAGGGCACCUAUGAGGAUUAUGUCGAAGGACUUCGGGUGUUUGACAAGGAAGGAAAUGGCACUGUCAUGGGUGCUGAAAUCCGGCAUGUUCUUGUCACACUGGGUGAGAAGAUGACAGAGGAAGAAGUAGAGAUGCUGGUGGCAGGGCACGAGGACAGCAAUGGUUGUAUCAACUAUGAAGAGCUCGUCCGCAUGGUGCUGAAUGGCUGAGGACCCUUCCAGUCUCCCGACUCUGUGCCUUUCCCUGUGUGAAUUUUUUAUCUAGCCUGAAGUUUCCCUAGGCUCUCUUGUCUCAGCACCUUUCCCAUCUUGUCUCUCUUGGAUGAUGUUUGCCGUCAGCAUUCACCAAAUAAACUUGCUCUCUGGGCCCUCG